UGGCGCGCAGUGCGUCGUCCCGAAAAGCCAUGUAGCGUCCUAUCGUCUCGGCGGUUCAACGUUUUCGUCUUGUAAUUUUAUUCAUUUUUAUGUUUUUUUCGGUGGAAUUUGUAUCUGUUGCUGUUGAUAGAUUACUUAUUUUUCGUUGGCGAAAGCAUGGGUUAAUGCUCACGACCCAUUGACUCAGAAUUCUGUUGUUUUCGAAGAGAGAAAGAAAGCUAAAUUCCCCAGGAGCACCAGAAUCACUGGUCAUCUCUCACUAAAAUGGACUGCGUCGAUGAAAUGGCCCCCAGCGACCCUGAGACCCAGACUCAGUCCCAAACCCAGACCCAAACCCAGUCAGACGACACGUUGACUCAGUCCCAACCGACUCAGGAGGAGGUCAGGCCCUGGGGCAAGCUCGUUCCCUCAGUAAAGUGUCCAAAUUUCAGUGCUGUCUGGCUGUACAAAGACGUCUAUCGAGCUGGCAAGGAGGAGGAUCACGAGAUCAUCUUCAACAUCGAUAACAUCAAGAAGUUGGGCGUUGAGGUGAUCAGCAGGCUCCACUUCACCAUCGAGAGGCUCUUCAUCAACACCAAGAACGAUUUCGUUGUUAUUCUGAGUGACCACAGCAGGAAUGGUACCUUCGUCAACAGGAGAAAGAUUGGAAAGAAUAACAGGGUGGUGCUGGAGAAUGGGGACAAAAUAGCUGUGGGAAGGUCACAGUUCACUGACGAAGAUCCUGAUUUUGAUGUAGUGUUCGAGUUCGAUGGGGUCGACUACUCGAGCAAAAGGCUCCCACAUGAGUUGCAGAGUCAAUAUACCCUCCUCAAAAGGCUAGGAUCAGGUGCUGCUGGUGAGGUCCACAUGGCCUUCUCCAAGAAGUGUUUCAACACAUUCGCUAUAAAAUCAAUCUCCAAAGGGCGAUACACAGAGCACGGCCCCAGGAAUCCCCUGCACGAUCCCAAGAAAAUCCAACGAGAGGUGGACAUUCUCCGGCAGCUCCAGCACCCCUGCAUCAUCAAGAUGGAGGACAUUGUGGACACUCCCUUCACAGUAUUCAUUGUCCUCGAGCUGAUGGAGGGUGGCGAGCUAUUCGACAGGAUCUCCGCCAAUGAGGGCCUCCCCGAGAGGGUCACAAAGUUCAUGUUCUGGCAGAUCUGCGAUGCUGUGGCAUACCUCCACAGCAGGGGCAUCACCCACAGGGACCUCAAGCCUGAGAACAUUCUGCUGGCCUCUGACCAGAAGUACCCACUGGUCAAGGUCUCGGAUUUUGGAAUGUCCAAGUUCCUGGAUGCCGCAUCAAUGCUGAUGACUUACUGUGGAACUCCUCUUUACGUUGCACCUGAGAUACUCAGGCGCAAGGGGAGGGGGGCUUACACUGCGCAGGUGGACGUCUGGAGUCUGGGAGUGAUACUCUACGUGAUGCUGAGUGGACUCUGCCCUUUCACGCAGAAUGACCCGCACAUGGCUCUGGACGAGCAGAUUUUGAAGGGGGUUUACAGGUUCCAUUCCCAGAAGUUCGAUAAGGUCAGCAUGGAGGCGAUUGAUCUGAUAAAAUCGAUGCUGACAGUCAACCCAGGCAAACGCAGAACGAUAAAGCAAGUGCUAGAACACCCCUGGCUUCGUUCAGAUCUAGUUGUUUCAAAUGCUGUGACAAAGCUGAUGAGGGAGAACUCGAGUAACGAGAACGCCCCACCCCUCAACGUGCCAUCCCUGCAGACCGACAGAAACAGGGAUCACGUUUUCGAUGUACCUGGCUCGAAACCAAAGCGAGCGCGUCUCGGAUAGUGGUCCCCAGAAGGGCCCAAGUCCCAAAUAAUUCACCCCUCGUACAAAUUAAGUACUAAGGACCCUAUUUUUUUACUCUUAUUCGACUGUUAGUGUAUUUUUUUCAUUAUCACAUUCAUUAAUUAAUCGAUACUGACGGGUCUGACCCUUGAUGACACCUGUGAUUGUGCACUGAGGCUAUGAUUGCGAUAAUUAAACGUUAAUUUAUAUGAUUCUAAGGAGAAAAUAUAUCACAUUGUUAUUGAUAUUGUGAGAAAGUGCCAGAGAGCGUUAGAAGCCUCAGACUGACGGCUAAUGAUAAUUUGAAAAAUUGAGAGUUUAUUUAAUUAGUCAAACGAAUGUUACCAGAUUAGAUAGUACGGAACUUAAAUGACAAGUUUAUGAUAAAUUUAAGGAAAUCUUGACUUUGUAAUUUCUCGCAUAAUUUUUUGUUCCGGUAAAUAAAUUAAACGACAAUAA